UCACAAAUACAUGAAUUAGAUCAAUACACCAUUUGAAAUAACAACUUCCAAACGACCCCUUAAUCUCCUCAAUGCAUGUAUUGGCUAAAUCAUGCAUUAGAACUUCCAAACUACAAAAUCAUGGUUUGGAAGUAAAUGCAUGUUAUUUCAAAUGUAUCUCCUCAAUGCAUGCAAUUAGAACUAGUUCUCUACAAAAGGAUAGUGCUUACGAACUUCUCAAAUUAGCGGCAUAUAUCUGGGUCGAGCAUUCCUUCUUUUCUGUUGUAACGUGUGCGGGCUGUAACGUUUUGUUCUUGGGCUUUUCCAUAGGCCAAGGUCCAGGCGUGCAUUGAUCUUCUUGGAUCCAAGUUGGCCCGUUGAAAUUGAAGACAUCCUUGGGCCUCAGUGGGUUAGCUGGAUCUCUAUUUGGACCUGGUCAGUACACGAUUAGCCUUUACUCUUUACUCUUUAGUCUUUACCAUUAAAUACACUCGAACAAAAGUCAAAAUCCACUUCACAUUAGCACUGUGAGUCUGUGACGCACUGAACUGAAACAGCAACUGAGAAGGGGGAGGGAGUCAGAGAGGGAAAUCGGGAAAUCACCAGAAAAUGGAACAGAACGGCGCGGCGGAGGCGGCGGGGAAGACGAACGGAGAAGUUCACGGCGAAUCGGGCUCCGCCGCGUUCCAAAUGGACGGGCUGAAGAACUGCUUGAGCAGCUACCACGACGACGGCAGCGCCGAGACUCACAGGUACUUCCUUGCUCGCAGGACCGUCCUGGAGAUGCUGAAGGACAGAGGCUACUACGUCCCUGAAUCCGACCUCUCCGUCUCUUUACAAGAGUUCCGCGCCAUUCACUCUCAGGACAUUGAUAUCGACCGUCUCAAGUUCUCCGCCACUCACCAGACCGAUCCCUCCAAACGAACGAUGGUUAUUUUCGGUGGAACUGGAGUGAUUAAAGUCAAUACUGUGCGCCUGAUCUCGGCUCAGAUUGUUAAUAGAGACAGCUUGAGUGGCCUCAUACUGAUUCUGCAAGGCCAAAUAACGAAACAAGCCGAGAAUGCACUGAGGCUUUUCAAAUUCAAGGUUGAGAUCUUUCAGAUAACUGAGUUACUCGUCAACAUUACCAAGCAUGUGUUGAAGCCGAGGCACCAGAUACUAACCAGUCAGGAGAAGAAGAAGCUCUUAAAAGAGUAUAAUAUAGAAGAUAAACAGCUCCCUCGGAUGCUAAGGUCGGAUGCUAUCGCUCGUUACUACGCGCUCGAGAAGGGACAGGUGGUCAAGGUGACGUACUCCGGCGACAUCACCGAGUCCCAUGUCACAUACCGAUGCGUCUGGUAAAUGCAUCCUUGUAAUAAUGUAACCUCUUGUAGUAUUCCUGUACCCAAGUUCCAUAUGUAGCAUGAAUAACCCUGUAACCUUCCCCUGUGUUGUAACAUGUUUCUCUUUUUCUUUUAUGGCCUUUUGCUCCGAUGAAGGAUAAUUGCUCUGUGGUUCAUGGGUUGUAUAAAACUGUAUGGUUCUUGUGUGUUUCGUAAAUCAAAAUCCAUCGAUUGGGCCAAGUAUGAGGCCAGUUGAUUGGGCCUUAAUUGCUAACACGAAUGGGCCUGACAAGGAAGGAAAAAAGACGAGGGAGAAAAAGGAAGGAACGCACUGACAGACUUUCUAAAAAGCCACAGGAUAUUCAAAUGAUGAGAGCAGGCGGGGGGGAAGGGGAAAAGGAAGAAAUUUUUUUAUGGUCAAAUGAAUUGAGUGCAGACUAGCAGUACUGUUUUUAUUCUUUUUUCUAAUUUGUGUAAUUAUUUCGCUUUUUUCAAACACAGAACAAGAGGAAAAGAAAAAGUGUCCUUUGGUCGUGUGUGAUUUUUUUCGGCACGUCUGACACAACUGUUUUCUUUGUGUUGCAAAUUGCUAAAGAACAUGGAUGUGAAUGGGAUUGGCGACGGACCAGUUUUGUUAUUAAGCCCAAAGAGGGUGGCAACUGACCAACGGUCUGACAAUUUCGGCGUAAGAUACAUAAUAAUCUUCUCCCAACAACUCGAUUUAUUGGGAUCAACUGGUUCAUGACACGGUAUUAGUGCCGGUUUGACCAAGUGGCCGUGUGUUCGAAUCUUCACGACCUCCAAUAUUAACAGUUGAUUAAAAGCACAUGGUACGUCGUUUGAGGAGGAAGAGACGUGUUAGAGAAUAGUAUAAGAUUCAGUAUAACCUUCUCCCAACAACUCGGAUUAUAGGGAUCAACUGGUUUAUGACAAAAUUAACACCGGAAAGUUAAAAGCAGCGUUUUAUGAUCCGUUUUCGAUUCAUUGUUUGUAUCAUCACUUGCUUCAAGAAAAAAAUAAAACAAAUGGGGUGGUGUGAGUUGAUGAUUGUCGGGGAGGCGUGCACAAUCCCUGCUCCAUGCCCUUUCUUUCUGUCCAUUUUAGAAGAGGCAUCGGCCUUUCUUUCUCCUUUCCUUUUUUCCCCCUUCUUCAAUGGAUAUUUCUGUCCAAGUAAAGAAAUGCGAUCCAAGAGAAUGAUAUUUAUGAAACCGAGAACAAUUUUUUCCCCCCAACUUGCUUGUUGUAGUUUGGAUUCGAAGAGAUAGAAGAUAAACCGACUCUAAUAAAGAGAUAUCAUCGAUGAUAAAUAACUGGAGGAGGAAUAAAACACUAAAAAGACGGAGUAACGAAUCGAGUGAACAAUCCGCGAUUCAUUUGAAUCUUGUGGUUUAUGUUCAGAGUUCAAUCGAGGCAGCAACAUGUUUAUCUGCUAGUUGGUUUCAAAGGCUAGUUGUUGAAACCAAAGUGAGGCGAGAAAGCAUGAUUUUAGCUUAGGGUCACCACAUACUUGAUUUGCUCUCAAAUUUGGGAGCAUGAAAACAAUUUUGCUUUCGUUGAUUGAUAAUGUUCUUUUGGAAGUUAUGGUGCACUUUCCAAAUUGUUACCCAUCGAGAUCUUCAUCUUGGAUUCGAGGCUUUGGAAAGAUAUCUACAAUCGGAUCUAGUGUUUGUAUAAACUGCGUGUGUUGUUUUUUUUUUUUUUUUUUGCUUUGGAGAAAAACAUGGCUUGAGAUGGAUAUCCAUACCUUAUCCUCCUAUCUGUAGUAAUUCACCCGACUUGAGUCCGGGAGAGCUAGAUUAAUACGACGAAAGGUUAUAAACUUAUAAUUAGAAU